AAAGGGGGAUGAUUUUAGAAUAUCAGAUGAUGAAGAUGAAACUCUUAUUGAAUAUAAUAGUACUGAUGAAGAUAUGAGUGAUGAUUCAUAUGAGAGUGAAGAUGAUUUAGAUGAAAGUGAAGAUUCUUGAGUAAUUUAUAUGUGAAAGUUAUGAAAUGGCACCCGGUCAAGUGAAAAAGUGCACUAAAUCUUCAUCAACUAUUGAAGGCACAAAUGGAAUCACAGUUACCACAAACAAUGAAGUGAUAAGGCCCACGAGCUCUAUACCAACCUCAAAUUGUGAGACAAACAAUACCUUAUCUACCAAUCAAGUGAAUCAAGCUAUGCCCACUUCUAUUUCAGCAAACACAUCACGUGCAGAAGGUGGGACAACUUCAAAAAAGCGUUGUAGGGGACCUACAAGAGGAAUUGGAUUGGUAAAAAGAAAUGAGGUUGCUGGAAAAAAAUUACAAGUUGUCAUUGAUCGGGAACAUGGACGGCCUUUAUUUAAGAUUUCUUUGUGGAGGGUAUUGCAUAUCUAGACAUCAAAUUGGACCCGGCAUCAUAUCGAACCUUCUACCCCAACAUCAGGUCGGACCUUCUCCUCAAGACAAAGGACUUCUAAAGUGGCGACCUCAAUAAUUUGGAUAAACAUAAGAAUUAUUAUCUAUCUUUAUGUGCAUAAAAUUGCAUAUAUUCUCAUGUUUAGUCUGUCCAACUUAUUUAAGAACCAUUUAUAUCACAUUACAUCCUUGUAAUUCAAUAUUCUACUAUGAAAAAUAUUGCACUAUUUUGAAAUGUUAAUGAUGCUAAAAUAUUUUAUUUCAA